AUGGCAAUUUCAGAUGAUGUCGGGGUUUUGGCAAUUUAUCCUGUUCGAAUACCUUCUUCCAAUGAUUCUCCUAUUUUUACCAAACCGCAAAGGAAUUUAGUUGGUAAGUGGGAAGGACGUUUUGGAAAUUGGGAAGGCUCUGCGGACUUUGCGAGUACUUUGGCGGAAUUUGAGAAGGAUUUUGUAGAUUUAGACAUGAAUUUGGUGGAUUCAAAGGGGCAUUUUAGUCAAUAUGUUCAACAUCUAAGACGUGUCUUACAUGGUCAAUGUCAACAAACAGGCAGCAGCUUCUCAUCAGAUUUAACCUUAAAAAUUUUGGAUGUUUAUCUUCUUUGUGUCGCUAAUUUUCCUCUUCCUGUAUCGAAGGUCGAAGAAGAAUGUAGUCUGUACAGUUUUUGCUGGCUAAUCGUCGGCUCGCGGGUCUGUAGUAUAUUUCAGUUAGCAGUUUCUGCUCUUUUGUUUUGUGUUCGUGCUAUUGAAUACGUUUUGAACUAUCAGCAAAUGACAGAAAGACUCAAUAUCAAUAAAAUUACUCCAGCAACAGGUGAAUGGAUUUGCAAAGUACAAGUCAUUGACAAGGGACGUCCAAGAGAUGGCCAAAGCAAAAAAAAAUAUCAACUAUUACUUCUCCAAGAUGAAGAGGAAACCCAAGUUCAAUGCAUUAUCUUCGGUGGUGAUAUAAAUUACUUUGCAGAUCUACUCCACCCCUUUCAUACGUACUUGGUGUCUGUCGCAACUGUUAAGAAAUCAAAUGGCAUAUUAAUGACUUUACUUGGAUAAUUGAUGAAGACCAUUGUUGAACCUAUAGAAGAAGUAAAUCCUCCAGAAGUUUCCCUGCCACCUCCAACCCAACUUACUCUCGCAUCAUUUCACAAUCUGGAUCGUUUACCUGAUACCUGUGAAUUUGGCAUUCUUAUAUUUAACUCCUAUAUUUUUUAUGAUUAUUAUGACAAUAUCUUUACUUAUAUGUUUAUUUAUUUAU